AUGAACAACACGACUGAUAUUCCAAAUAUUUAUUACGCGGGUGAGAGUGACCCAAAUGGUCGCAUAAUCUUUUGGUUUGCCAUUGUAUUUGCCAUCGUUCUUGUGACGAUUCCUCUCAUCAGCUGUCUACUGGUCUGGUCCGACCAACGUCGACAAGAAGCGGCCGCUCUCGACAAGGGGGAUAAUAAUCCCAGCCGCACCAACGAGCACCAUCCCCAGCGCGCCGACUACACCAGCCUGCCAUCAGAGGCCACCCUCGUAGCUCUCCAUUCUCUCCGGCACCGCAAGUCCCUCCCCGAGCUUUCCGUGGACGCAGACCUCGACGCGGGGGAGCGCCGACAGCGAGAAACGUCGGCUCAGCCGUCAUCAGCACCCACGGAGCCCCUCUGCGCCAGGCCGCCUCUGAGCAUUCCGCAUCCCCAGCCAGCAACAGCAGCAGCAGCAGCAGCAGCAGCAGCAGGCAUGGAGGCGAAUCCUCCUCCCUUCGGCUCGGGCCCGCGGCUGCAGCGGCGCGUCGAGGCUGACGUGCCAACGCCGGGCGUCAUGGCCAUCAUAGUGCUGUCCGUGCUCGCCUUCAUAUUUGCCCUCUCGUGCGGCUUCGCCCGGCUGCGGCGCGACGCUGUCCUGUUCCAGCGGGCCGCCGAGGACCAGCGGGCGGACCGGCGGGAGCAGCGGGAGCGGCUGCGGACCGCGCGGCGGGAGGAGAGGGCGGCCUCGCGCAGGGGCCAGUACGCGGGGGCCAGCGACCCGGCCCUCGCCGGGCCCAGCAGCGCCGCUGCCGGCGAGGGGCCCAGUAGUGACGCCGGGGGGUGGUCGUCGCCCAUCGUCGUCGUCGCGGAGCCGCCGCCUGUCCACCACCGCCGCAGGCGUCAGAGGGGGGACUCGGUGGAUGUGGAUAUUGAGAUGCAGAGUCAGGCCGGCCCGAGCCGUGGGCAGAGUCACCCUCGCAGCCCGCGUAGUCGUAGCCACCAUGGGAGCAGCAGCCUUGAUUAAGACACGGGCUCGUUAGAGGGAGAGGUUUACAUAUUUAUCACGGUGCUGGGAAUGCUUGGUAAUGGUUUCAUUUACACUCCAUAGCUGCUUUGCGGCGUGGGAUUUGUAUCUAGGCCCCGAAAUAAGCAACAUAUCUUAUUACAAAAUAUACCCUGAGAAAAUAUUAUACAGCCUUGGAAACAG